CGGCCGCCAUGCCGCGCAGCCCCACGUCCAGUGAGGACGAGAUGGCCCAGAGCUUCUCCGACUACUCGGCUGGCUCCGAGUCGGACAGCUCCAAGGAGGAUUCAGUCUACGGCACCAUCCGCGCUGCCACGUCGGGGAAAACUGCCGCAACCCAGGCCGCCGAGAGCAAGGACCACACGCUGGUCAUCCGCAUCCUCAUCCAUGACUUGCAGCAAACGAAGUGCCUUCGCUUCAACCCCGAUGCCACGGUGUGGGCCGCCAAGCAGCGGGUCCUGUGCUCCCUGACGCAGAGCCUCAAGGAUGUGCUCAACUACGGGCUUUUCCAGCCGGCCAGCAAUGGCCGCGAUGGCAAAUUCCUGGAUGAGGAGAGGCUGCUACGCGAAUACCCGCAGCCCACGGGCAAGGGUGUGCCCUCGCUGGAGUUUCGCUACAAGAAGCGGGUGUACAAGCAGGUCAGCAUGGACGACAAGCAGCUGGCCAGGCUCCACUCCAAGACCAACCUGAAGAGGUGCAUGGAGCACGUGCAGCAUCGAGCGGUGGACAAGAUCGUCAAGGUGCUGGAGCGCGGCCUGGACCCCAACUUCCACGACCUGGACACGGGAGAGACGCCCCUGACGCUGGCGGCGCAGCUGGAGGAGCCGGCGGAGGUGCUGAAGGCGCUGCGGAACGGGGGCGCGCACCUCGACUUCCGCGCCCGCGACGGCAUGACCGCGCUGCACCGGGCGGCCCGCGCGCGCAACCUGCCGGCGCUCCAGACGCUGCUGGAGCUCGGCGCGUCCCCCGACUACAAGGACAGCUACGGGCUGACACCCCUGUACCACACGGCCAUCGUGGGGGGCGACCCCGGCUGCUGCGAGCUGCUGCUGCACGAGCAUGCCACCCUCUGCUGCCCAGACGAGAACGGCUGGCACGAGAUCCACCAGGCCUGCAGGUACGGCCACGUGCAGCAGCUGGAGCACCUGCUCUUCUACGGGGCCGACAUGGGUGCCCAGAAUGCAUCGGGGAACACGGCCCUGCACAUCUGUGCGCUCUACAACCAGGACAGCUGUGCCAAGGUGCUGCUCUUCCGGGGCGGAGACAAGGAACUGAAGAACUACAACAGCCAGACCCCGUUCCAGGUGGCCAUCAUCGCAGGGAACUUUGAACUGGCUGACUACAUCAAGAACCACAAGGAGACGGAUGUGGUCCCCCUUGUGCCAACCAGGAGGACCGGUUCUGGGGUGCCUCCUCGGGCCCGUGACCCUGCAGGGCCUUGCAUCCUGGAGGAGCCAGUGGGCUGGUCCCCCGCAGCCGCCCGCUGGCCCGGAAGCAGCGGUGACCAGCCUCAGUGGAGUGGCCGUGUGCCCUUCCGAGAGGCCCCGGCCUACUCCAACCGCAGGCGGCGGCUCCCCAACACGCUGACGGCACCCCGAGUUCUGCUCAGGUCCAACAGCGACAACAACCUCAACUGCAGUGCCCCCGAGUGGGCCGUGCGUCCCGCGGCCCCUGCUGGCCCUCGAAGCCUGUCUCCACAGCUGCUGCAGCAUGAGGGUGUGGGCCCGGCCCUUGGCAGCACCCCGGGACCCCGCAGCCGCUCCCCGUCCCUUCACAAGCUGGGCGGUGCAGAGGAAGCUCAGGCCACGCAGCAGCCAUGGCACGUGGGACCCGCCUUCUUGCCUGGCGCCAGCAAAGACCAGCUCCCCAACACCCAGUUCCCGGGACCCCGGCGGAAGCUCUACAGUGCGGUGCCUGGGCGCCUCUUCGUGGUGGUCAAGCCGUACCAGCCCCAAGUGGAUGGGGAGAUCCCUCUGCAUCGCGGGGACAGGGUCAAAGUUCUGAGCAUCGGCGAAGGAGGCUUCUGGGAAGGCAGCUCCCGUGGCCAUAUUGGAUGGUUCCCGGCCGAGUGCGUGGAGGAAGUGCAAGGCAGGCCCCAGGACGUGCGGGCAGAGCCCCGCGCGGACCGCAGCAAGAAGCUCUUUCGACACUACACCGUGGGCCCUUAUGACAGCUUCGAUGCAGCCAGCGACUGCACGGUCCAGGACAAGACGGUGGUGCUGCAGAAAACCGACAAUGAGGGGUUCGGCUUCGUGCUCCGGGGGGCCAAAGCCGAUACACCCAUCGAGGAGUUCACGCCUACGCCCGCCUUCCCAGCGCUGCAGUACCUGGAGUCCGUGGACGAAGGCGGCGUGGCCUGGCAGGCUGGGCUGCGGACCGGAGACUUUCUGAUCGAGGUGAACAGCGAGAAUGUUGUGAAAGUUGGUCACCGGCAGGUGGUGACCAUGAUCCGCCAGGGCGGGAACCACCUGGUCCUCAAGGUCGUCACGGUGACCCGGUCCCUGGACCCCGAUGACACGGCCCGGAAGAAAGCCCCGCCACCACCCAAGCGAGCCCCGACCACUGCGCUCACCCUGCGCUCCAAGUCAAUGACGUCGGAGCUGGAGGAGCUCGGCCUCUCGCUAGUGGAUAAAGCCUCCGUGCGGAAGAAGAAGGAUAAGGCUGAGGAAAAGGUGCCCCGGAGUGCUGAGAGCAUGGCCGAGCCCCGGGUGGCCUCCAUCCGCCCGAGGCCCAGCAGCCGCUGCUUCCCGCCCAUCUCCGACAUGAACUCCAUGUAUGAACGCCAGGGGAUUGCUGUGAUGACGCCCACCGUUCCCGGGAGCCCCAAAGGCCCGAUGCUGGGCCUGCCCCGAGGUACGAUGCGAAGGCAGAAGUCCAUAGACAGCAGGCUCUUUCUCUCAGGGAUAACGGAGGAAGAGCGACAGUUCCUGGCGCCCCCGAUGCUCAAGUUCACGCGGAGCCUGUCCAUGCCGGACACCUCGGAGGACAUCCCGCCGCCCCCGCAGUCGGUGCCCCCGUCCCCGCCGCCCCCCUCCCCCACCACCUACAACUGCCCCAAGUCCCCCACGCCCCGGGUCUACGGGACCAUCAAGCCGGCCUUCAGCCCCAACCCCGCCGCCAAGGUGGUGCCCACCGUGCGCUCGGACACGGUGGCGGCCGUGAUGCGGGACAAGGGCCUGUACUACCGCCGCGAGCUGGACCGCUACUCUCUGGACUCCGAGGACCUGUACAGCCGCGCGGCUGCCCAGGCCAACUUCCGCCACAAGCGGGGCCAGAUGCCCGAGAACCCCUACUCGGAGGUGGGCAAGCUGGCCAGCAAGGCCGUGUACGUGCCCGCCAAGCCGGCGCGGCGGAAGGGCAUGCUGGUGAAGCAGCCCAACGUGGAGGACAGCCCCGAGAAGACGUGCUCCAUCCCCAUCCCCACCAUCAUCGUCAAGGAGCCGUCCACCAGCAGCAGCGGCCGCAGCAGCCAGGGCAGCAGCGUGGAGGCCGAGCCGGCCGCUCCCGAGCCCGGCCAGCUGCGGCCCGACGACGGCCUCACCGUCAGCAGCCCCUUCGCCGCAGCCAUCGCCGGUGCCGUGCGCGACCGUGAGAAGCGGCUGGAGGCGCGGCGGAACUCCCCGGCCUUCCUCUCCACCGACCUGGGCGACGAGGACGUGGGCCUGGGCCUGCCCACCCCGCCGCCACCGCGCCCCAACACCAAUGCCGCUGCCACAGCCGAGGAGGACGGGGCCGAGCCGCCGUCUCCGUCCCCGCCGUCGGGGCCACCGGCCCGGGAGCCUGAGAACCACCUGGCUGGGGCCCUGGAAGCCGGCACUCAGGGGGAGGCCGGCAGGCCGCAGAACCCCAAAGGCGACAGCAGCCCCGAGGGCUACAUCCACCCGCUCACCGGGAGGCCGCUGGACCCCAGCUCUCCACUGGCCUUAGCGCUGUCCGCCAGGGACCGAGCCAUAAAGGAGGCCCAGCAGGGCCCCAAGGGGGAGGCCCCCAAGGCCGACCUCCACCAGCCUCUCUACAUUGAUACCAAAAUGCGGCCCAGCCCGGACGCCGCCUUCCCCGGGGGGCCCCGGCAGAACACGCGGGGGCCCCUGCGGCGCCAGGAGACGGAGAACAAGUACGAGGCGGAGCUGAAGGAGCGCCAGGGCGACGAGCGAAAGAACAUGUUCAUCGACAUCAUGGACACGGCCCAGCGCAAGUCGGCAGGCCUGCUCAUGGUGCACACCGUGGACGCCCGGCCGGAUGCCUUCCUGGAGGAGGAGGAUGAGAAGGAGGCCGACCAGGACGCCGAGCCCACCUGCCCGCCGCUCGAGGUGCCUGCGGACGCCCCUGACACCGAAGGUGCUUUACAGAUCUCGGGGGGGCCCGAGCCCGCUGCCAAUGCCAACGCCGCGCCGGGCAGAACCCUGGUGGCGGCGGGAUCCGUGGAGGAGGCGGUGGCCCUGCCUUUCCGUAUCCCCCCGCCCCCGCUGGCGUCCGUGGACCUGGACGAGGAUUUUAUUUUCACCGAGCCAUUGCCACCGCCCCUGGAAUUCGCCAACAGUUUUGAUAUCCCCGACGACCGCGUCGCCUCUGUGCCCACCACGCCCCCUGACGCGGGCAAGCCGAAGUCGGGCGGCGUCUCCCAGGGCCCCUCGCUGCACUCGGGCCAGCCCACCCACCCCGCCGAUGCCAAGAAGCCAGCCAGCCUCGCCAACUGCCUGCCCGCCACCUUCCCGCCGCCCCCAGAGAGCUUUGACGCCGUCACGGACUCCGGGAUCGAGGAGGCGGACAGCCGCAGCAGCAGCGACCACCACCUGGAGACCACCAGCACCGUGUCCACCGUGUCCAGCCUCUCCACGCUGUCCUCCGAGGGCGGCGAGCCCGUGGACACGUGCACCGUCUACGCCGACGGCCAGGCCUUCCUGGCGGACAAGCCCCCGGUGCCGCCAAAGCCCAAGCUGAAGCCCCUCGUGGUCAAGCCCAACGCUCUCUACCAGGACGCGCUCCCGGAGGAGGACGCGGAGGGCCUGGCCGGCGCCCCGACAGCAGCCCCACCCCCACCCGGGACGGCCAAGGCCCUGCCGCCUCGGCCCUCCAAGCUGUGGGGUGACGGCCCUGAGGUCAAGAGCCCCAUCCUUUCUGGCCCCAAGGCCAACGUGAUCAGCGAGUUGAAUUCCAUCUUGCAGCAAAUGAACCGGGAGAAGACGGCCAAGCCCCGGGAAGGCCUGGACAUGGCGAUGGGAGCCAAGGCCGCCACGGGCCUAGUGCCAAGAAGCCCGGACGUCGCCGGCACCGUCUCAGGGACACGGAGCACGACGGUCACCUUCACGGUCCGCCCGGGCACCUCCCAGCCCAUCACGCUGCAGAGCCGGCCGCCAGACUACGAAAGUAGGACCUCAGGAACCAGGCGCGCCCCAAGCCCGGUGGUGUCGCCCACGGAGCUGCCCGCGGAGCCCCUGACGGCCCCGCUGUGCGCCGUGUCGCCAGCCCCCAGCCUCACAGACGUCUUCAGUCUCCCCGGCCCGUCAGCGGCCGGGGAGCUGUUUGGGCUGAACCCCGUGGGCCGCAGCCGCUCCCCGUCCCCCUCCGUCCUGCAGCAGCCGCUCCCCAACAAACCCUUCAGCACCAAGCCCGUCCACCUGUGGACUAAGCCUGACGUGGCCGACUGGCUGGAGAGCCUGAACCUGGGCGAGCACAGAGCCGCCUUCCUGGACAACGAGAUCGACGGCAGCCACCUCCCCAGCCUCCAGAAAGAGGACCUCAUCGACCUGGGCGUGACGCGAGUCGGCCACAGGAUGAACAUCGAAAGGGCUCUCAAGCAGCUGCUGGACAGAUAAGACUGGCUGCACCCCGCCCCCCCCCUUAUAAGUAGAGAUGGGCUGACCGGGAACAGGCCGCGUGCUGUGCCGUGCCGGGUGUGCAACCCCCAGGCCCUGGGGUGACUGGGCAAAGGCCUGGGAGCACCCGCUUCUGAGCGGGCUGUGGGGGGAAUGCCCAGCCAGGGAGAAAGCUCUUCGCGGGCCGAAGGAGAGGCACAGCGGCUCCCCGGGGCCUCCCCGCGCCACGUCCAAGCCAUGCCCCUGUGGCCCCCGUCUUAGGCAGGCAACAGUGGCCCCCGGCUGCCUGCUGAGGCCCCCCUUUCUAUUCCUGGGUUGCUGGCGCCCUCCCCCCAACUCCGGGGCCCUCCACGCACACUUGCCUUUAUUUCCCUGUUCUUUGCCGGGUGAGCUGCCCCCUCUCACCCUGUUCCCAGCCCCGUGCAUGUGUCUGGGGCCCCUUUCUUGGGCCUGAGGUAGCGAGACCCCAGUUUCCAGUGGAUUGUGGCACCCCCACCUAUCCUCCUGCGGUGGCCCCGCAGGCCCACGAGCCCCGAGGCUGUGGGCAGCGGUAGGAGUAUGAACGAACGGAGCCUGGCUUUGCCUGCCUUUUCUUUUUUCUUUCUGCAAACCUCAGAGCAGCGUCCCCAAGUGGCCAACGAGAUGUCCCGCGGAGUUUAGUCAGAGUACAAAGUCGCGAUUCCAAUGAGGGGAGCCCUGGCGGCCAUGGGAAACAGCAGCGGCACCACCUGGGGGGGGGGGGCACGUGUCUGGGAUAAG